AUGUCGGAUUCUCCCGAUCUCCUCUCCCAGCUCAAGCGAACCGUCCAAUCCCUAACAUCGGUCUGCCGUCCAUGGCCGCUCUUCCUCGACCUCACCGCCGUCAACUUCCCUUCUCCCCUCACCGACGCCAACGCCCGGGUAACCCAGAACCUGACCUUCUUCCGUGCCAAUUACGCCAUCAUCGUCCUCCUAAUCUUCUUCUUCAGCCUCGUCACCCGUCCCUUGGCGCUGCUCGCCUUCUUCAUCGUGCUCGUCGCCUGGGUCGUCCUCUACUUCUCCCGAGAUGAGCCGAUGUCGAUUUUCGGGUUCGAGAUCAACGAUUUGGUGGUGCUGGUUGGGCUCGUAAUCGCGUCGGUGGUGGUCUUUUCCGUCGCCGGGAUCUGGGUCAACGUGAUUGCCGCCGGGGCGAUCGCCGCCGGAUUGGUGCUGCUGCACGCCGCGUUGAGGAGCACGGAUGAUCUUGUGGCGGAUGAAUUCGAGGCGUCGCCGUAUGGAAACUUGCUAUCAGACGAUGAUGAUACCCCAGGAGGCGGAGCUUACAGCCAGAUUUGA